ACCAGGACGAAGGGAGGGUGGUACUAGGCUCCGGCUUGUGCAACCCCGCGCGCUCCCUCUACCGCUGCACCUGGGUUCCCGGACCGCUCCCUGGAGCACUGAGCGAGCCUGGGGCGGGAGCUGAGCCGGGACCAGCGGUGAGGGAGGGAGCGAGAAGCGAGAAGAGUCGCAGACGCGCCUCCGGGUCCCCUCCCAGCCCCUGCCCGUCGCAGCCGGACUCCAGCUGACUGUGGGAGGGGCCGUGAGCCACCCGUCGGGGGCCGCAGGUGGUCCACAGGAGUGCAGGGGUCCAGUCCGCGCAACGGUCCACACGGGACAGGUCCCGGAUGAGAAGGAGCUGACGACAGCUGAGUCCCGCCUUCUCAGCGUGCCCAGCAGCAGGCCCGUGUGGCCCCGGUGGCACCGAUGCCGAAGAACAGCAAGGUGACCCAGCGCGAGCACAGCAACGAGCAUGUUACGGAGUCGGUGGCCGACCUGCUGGCCCUGGAGGAGCCUGUGGACUACAAGCAAAGCAUCCUGAAUGUGGCAGGUGGGGUAGGCAGCAAGCAGGCGGCGGCGGAGGAGGAGCUGGACGCCGAGGACCGGCCGGCCUGGAACAGCAAGCUGCAGUACAUCCUGGCCCAGAUCGGCUUCUCCGUGGGCCUCGGCAACAUCUGGAGGUUCCCCUACCUGUGCCAGAAAAACGGAGGCGGUGCCUACCUGGUGCCCUACCUGGUGCUGCUGAUCAUCAUCGGGAUCCCGCUCUUCUUCUUGGAGCUGGCGGUGGGCCAGAGGAUCCGCCGGGGCAGCAUCGGCGUGUGGCACUACGUGUGCCCCCGCCUGGGGGGCAUCGGCUUCUCCAGCUGCAUCGUCUGCCUCUUUGUUGGGCUGUAUUAUAAUGUGAUCAUCGGGUGGAGCAUCUUCUACUUCUUCAAGUCCUUCCAGUACCCGCUGCCCUGGAGCGAAUGUCCUGUCGUCAGGAAUGGGACCGUGGCAGUGGUGGAGACCGAGUGUGAGAAGAGCUCAGCCACCACCUACUUCUGGUACCGAGAGGCCCUGGACAUCUCCAACUCCAUCUCCGAGAGCGGUGGCCUCAACUGGAAGAUGACCCUGUGCCUCCUCGUGGCCUGGACCAUUGUGGGCCUGGCAGUUGUCAAGGGCAUCCAGUCCUCGGGGAAGGUGAUGUAUUUCAGCUCCCUCUUCCCCUACGUGGUGCUGGCCUGCUUCCUGGUCCGGGGGCUGCUGCUGCGAGGAGCCAUCGACGGCAUCCUGCACAUGUUCACCCCCAAGCUGGACAAGAUGCUGGACCCGCAGGUGUGGCGGGAGGCGGCCACGCAGGUCUUCUUCGCCCUGGGGCUGGGUUUCGGGGGCGUCAUCGCCUUCUCCAGCUACAACAAGCAGGACAACAACUGCCACUUCGACGCCGCCCUGGUGUCUUUCAUCAACUUCUUCACCUCGGUGCUGGCCACCCUCGUGGUGUUCGCUGUGCUGGGCUUCAAGGCCAACAUCAUGAAUGAGAAAUGCGUGGUCGAGAAUGCUGAGAAAAUCCUGGGAUACCUCCAUACCAAUGUCCUGAGCCGGGACCUCAUCCCUCCCCACGUGAAUUUCUCCCACCUGACCACCAAGGACUACACAGAGAUGUACAAGGUCAUCAUGACCGUGAAGGAGGACCGCUUCUCAGCCCUGGGCCUUGACCCCUGCCUGCUGGAGGACGAGCUGGACAAGUCCGUGCAGGGCACAGGCCUGGCCUUCAUCGCCUUCACCGAGGCCAUGACCCACUUCCCCGCCUCCCCAUUCUGGUCUGUCAUGUUCUUCCUGAUGCUCAUCAACCUGGGCCUGGGCAGUAUGAUCGGGACCAUGGCCGGCAUCACCACGCCCAUCAUCGACACCUUCAAGGUGCCCAAGGAGAUGUUCACAGUGGGCUGCUGUGUCUUUGCAUUCUUCGUGGGGCUGUUGUUCGUCCAGCGCUCCGGAAACUACUUUGUCACCAUGUUUGAUGACUACUCAGCCACCCUGCCGCUCACCCUCAUUGUCAUCCUCGAGAACAUCGCUGUGGCCUGGAUCUAUGGAACCAAGAAGUUCAUGCAGGAGCUGACAGAGAUGCUGGGCUUCCGGCCCUACCGCUUCUAUUUCUACAUGUGGAAGUUCGUGUCUCCACUGUGCAUGGCUGUGCUCACCACGGCCAGCGUCAUCCAGCUGGGGGUCACGCCCCCGGGCUACAGCGCCUGGAUCAAAGAGGAGGCUGCCGAGCGAUACCUCUAUUUCCCCAACUGGGCCAUGGCCCUGCUGAUCACCCUCAUCCUGGUGGCGACCCUGCCCAUCCCCGUGGUGUUCAUCCUGCGGCACUUCCACCUGCUCUCCGACGGCUCCAACACCCUCUCCGUGUCCUACAAGAAGGGCCGCAUGAUGAAGGACAUCUCCAACUUGGAGGAGAACGAUGAAACCCGCUUCAUCCUCAACAAGGUGCCCAGCGAGGCGCCCUCCCCCAUGCCGACUCACCGCUCCUACCUGGGGCCCGGCAGCACAUCGCCCCUGGAGCCCAGUGGCGACCCCAAUGGACGCUAUGGGAGCGGCUACCUCCUGGCCAGCACCCCUGAGUCGGAGCUGUGACCACCAGUCCCCCUCACCACCCACCUCUCCUCCACACCCAGCCAGCCCCUGUCCCAGCCUGUUCACCCCUCCCAAGAGAGGGGUCGCCCUGACUCAUCCCCCAUCCCAGUCCCAGCCGAUUCUGCUCCCCAGACCUGGGUGGGAGCCGUACCCUCUAAGAUCUCCCCAGAUGGUGGCCCCAUAAUUGGAAUAAUCCUGGAGUUCUGAUUCCCAGUGCAGGGGAGACUCCAAGUGGGCACUUUCGGGGUCACUUCACCCUCCUUCUCUCCCCCUAACCUGCUACCUGCAGUUCCUAGGUCUUGGAGUCCCACUGUACUGACAGGUGGUGGUGCUGGUGACAGGCACGGGGCGGGGUGGGGUGGGGUA